CCUCUGCGGGCCUCCUCUGGCUGCCCCGGGCCCCGGGGCCCACGGGGGCCGGACGGGCUCGGCGCUCGCUGGCUUUCAUUAGUCUGGGACCGGCGGGGGAGGGCGGGGGCGGCCUUUGGGAAGGGCGGAGGCGACCGUCGCGGCGCGCUCUCUGUCCGUCCGCAGCCCCGAGGCUCGCGAAGGCAGCCGGCGCCCCCAACUCAGUCCCGAAGAAGCCAUGGCAAAGUCCCGGGGCCGUCUGUACCUUUGGAUGUGCUUGGCGGCAGCGCUGGCGUCUUUCCUGGUGGGAUUUAUGGUUGGCUGGUUUAUUAAGCCUCUCAAAGAAACAGCCACUUCAGUGCGCUAUCAUCAAAGUAUACGGUGGAAACUGGUAUCCGAAAUGAAAGCUGAAAACAUUAAAUCAUUUCUUCGUUCUUUUACAAAGGUUCCUCAUCUAGCAGGAACAGAACAAAAUUUGCUGCUUGCCAAGAAAAUCCAAACCCAGUGGAAGAAAUUUGGACUAGAUUCAGCCAAGUUGGUUCAUUAUGAUGUCCUCUUAUCAUACCCUAAUGAGACAAAUGCCAAUUAUAUAUCAAUUGUGGAUAAACAUGGAAUUGAGAUUUUCAACACAUCAUACCUUGAACCACUACCAGAUGGAUAUGAGAAUGUUACAAAUAUUGUACCACCAUAUAAUGCUUUCUCAGCCCAAGGCAUGCCAGAGGGAGAUCUUGUAUAUGUGAACUAUGCUCGUACUGAAGACUUUUUCAAACUAGAAAGAGAGAUGAACAUUAACUGCAGUGGGAAGAUUGUUAUUGCAAGAUAUGGAAAAAUCUUCAGAGGAAAUAAAGUUAAAAAUGCCAUGUUAGCAGGAGCCAUAGGAAUUAUUUUGUACUCAGAUCCAGUUGACUACUUUGCCCCUGAGGUACAGCCAUAUCCCAAAGGAUGGAAUCUUCCUGGUACUGCAGCCCAGAGAGGAAAUGUGUUAAAUUUGAAUGGCGCUGGUGACCCACUCACUCCAGGCUAUCCAGCUAAAGAGUACACCUUUAGACUUAAUAUUGAAGAAGGAGUGGGAAUCCCCAAAAUACCUGUACAUCCCAUUGGAUAUAAUGAUGCAGAAAUAUUAUUACGCCAUUUGGGAGGAACUGCUCCACCAGAUGACAGCUGGAAAGGAAGUCUUAAUGUGGGCUACAAUAUUGGGCCUGGCUUUACAGGGAGUAAUUCUUUCAGGAAGGUUAGAAUGCAUGUUCAUAACACCAAUAAAAUUACAAGGAUUUACAAUGUAAUUGGAACUAUCAGAGGAUCCGUGGAACCUGACAGGUAUGUUAUUCUGGGAGGUCACCGGGACUCCUGGGUGUUUGGAGCUAUUGACCCAACCAGUGGGACUGCUGUUUUGCAAGAAAUUGCCCAGAGUUUUGGAAAACUGAUGAGUAGAGGCUGGAGACCUAGAAGAACUAUCAUUUUUGCAAGCUGGGAUGCAGAAGAAUUUGGACUUCUGGGUUCCACAGAAUGGGCAGAGGAGAAUGCAAAAAUACUCCAGGAGAGAAGCAUUGCUUAUAUCAACUCAGAUUCAUCUAUAGAAGGCAAUUAUACUCUAAGAGUUGAUUGUACACCCCUUCUUUACCAAUUGGUGUAUAAACUGACAAAAGAGAUCUCCAGCCCUGAUGAUGGUUUUGAUCAUAAAUCACUUUAUGAAAGCUGGUUAGAAAAAGACCCUUCACCUGAAAAUAAAAAUUUUCCUAGAGUCAAUAAGCUGGGAUCGGGAAGUGAUUUUGAAGCUUAUUUUCAGAGACUUGGAAUUGCUUCAGGCAGAGCCCGUUACACUAAGAAUAAGAAAACAGAAAAGUACAGCAGCUACCCAGUAUACCACACUAUUUAUGAGACGUUUGAACUGGUAGAGAAUUUUUAUGACCCCACAUUUAAAAAACAACUUUCUGUGGCUCAAUUACGAGGAGCACUGGUAUAUGAACUUGCAGACUCUAAAAUCAUUCCUUUUAAUAUUAAAGACUAUGCAAAAGCUUUGCAAAAUUAUGCAACAAGUAUCUAUAAUUUAUCCAAGAAGCAUGACCAACAAUUGAGAGACCAUGGAGUAUCCUUUGACUCCUUAUUUUCUGCUGUGAAGAACUUCUCAGAGGCUGCUUCAGAUUUUCAUAGAAGACUUAAUCAACUUGAUCUUAAUAAUCCCAUUGCAGUGAGAAUCAUGAAUGACCAAUUGAUGCUGCUGGAAAGAGCAUUCAUCGAUCCUCUUGGUUUACCAGGGAGGCGGUUCUAUAGGCACAUCAUCUUUGCUCCAAGUAGCCACAACAAAUAUGCUGGAGAAUCAUUUCCUGGGAUCUACGAUGCGAUGUUUGAUAUUGAAAAUAAAGCAGACCCUCACUGGGCCUGGACAGAAGUAAAGAAACAUAUUUCUAUUGCAGCUUUUACAAUUCAAGCAGCAGCAGGGACUCUGAAAGAAGUGUUAGAAUAAGGUCUUAGCUAAGUGCCUAGCCAUUAAAGGUGUUGCUGAAAGUCUGAUGAUAAAAUUUACCCUUCUUUUUGAUAACUCACGAACCCAGAGUUUCCUAAAAUCUUGCUUUUCAUGUCAUGUUUUGAUUAUAGACUUCUGUCUUGUCUGUAAAGAGUUUUUUGGCUCUUUAAAAAUGCAUAACUACGUAACCAAAGUGUUACUCUAACAAAAUAAAAAAACCCUGUCAUUGUAGCAGAAAGAAGGUAACAGAAAAUUGCCUAAAAUAAAUUACGGCAAGGAAUUUGAAUUCUCACACACUGCUGAUGGUAAUGAAAAAUGGUAAAACCACUUUGGAAAACAGUCUGGCACUUUCUUAUGAAGUUAAAUAUAUACUUACUUUAUGACCCCAAAAUUCUGCUUCUACAUGUUUACUUAAGGGAAGCACAAACAAUCAUCACAAAAAGACUCUUGUGUGCAGGUUCAUAUUCAUAGGAACUUAGGAUGGAAACAACUCAAAUGACAAUCAACAGGUGAAUGGAUAAAGUGUGGCAUAUCCACAAUGGAUUUCUACUCAGCAGUAAAAAUAACUGUCAAUACAUGAAAUAUUACUGGCAGACAUUGUUGAGGGAAAGAAGCCAGACACAAAACAAGUACAUAAUAUAUGAUCCUACUGAUACGUAGAAGUGACAAAAUUAAUCUAUGGUGUUAGAAAUUAGAGAUUGCCUGGGUAAGUGGUAGAUAGGGAAGGAUGAAGCAGAGAAGCAUGAGGAAACCCUCUCCUAUAGACAGCAGUUUUCAAUAUCUUAAUCUGGGUGGUAGUUACACAGGUGUAUACAUAUGUCAAACCUCAUCAAACUGUAAACUUAAGUGAUUACAAAAGAACCACAAACAAGUCUGGCAAGGAUUUUUGCCAGAACAACACACCGAGUCUUGUGAAAUCACCACGGAAUGUUAAAGUCAGGAAAAAGUCAGUAAUAUCUGUACUUUUGAUAACUUCAACUCUAUGGAAUAAAAAUGUUAAGUCUAAUAGGUGAUAAAAAUAGCUGCCAUACUGGGCACAGUGGCUCAUGCCUGUAAAUCCUAGAACUCUGGGAAACCAAGGUGGGAGGAUUACAUGAGGC